AUACCUCGGAGGCAUCUCUCCUCCGGAACUCGGAAACAAAUUAGGAAACUCUUUCUCUCUCUCUGAGUCUCUCUAUAUAGUCAUAUGAUGUAACAAACACAAACACAAGUACAGAUAAUAUAAUAUAUAAUUUCCGUCUUUCACUCUAUGUAUGUUUCAUAAGUAAAUAAAAUAUAAAGUGUAAUUGAGAUUCAAGAUUUUUUGGCGGAAGAUUUUCUUCCUAGGGUUUCUUGAAUUUAAGGAAAGAUUUAGGGCUCUUCUGUUAUCAGAAUAAUCUCCAAUUCCAGGUACUCUGAUUUGAUUUGUGUUUAUUACCCGGAUUUAAUCAGUACCAAGUUUGAAUCUUUGGACGAAAAGUUGGUUCUUUUGUGUAAAUCCUAGCUCAAAAGUUUUGAUUUCCCUUUGCACAAGGCUAUUCAACGUUAAAUUUAUUGUUUCGUCAUUGGUUUUAAUAGGAGACGUAAGCUGGGAUCUGUAUUGAGUCUUGGAAAAUUUGAGGGUCUUCUGGAAUGAGGAUAUGUGUUUUUAAAUACCCGUGAGAACGGCUGAUGUGUUGCAGCAAGGGAGUUGAAAAUUUGAUUGAAUCAGAAUUGGAACUUGAGAAUCCAAUUAUUGAUCAGCAACACCAAGCUGUGGACUUGAUGGAUAGCCCUACAGGGACCCCAGGCUCUAACCAGAGCUCUAAUGAUGAAAAGCCGCGUGUCAAAUUCUUGUGUAGCUUUUCAGGUAGUAUAAUGCCGCGGCCCCAAGAUGGGAAACUUAGGUAUGUAGGUGGCGAGACACGUAUAUUGAGUGUCCCGUGUGAUAUUAACUACGAGGAGCUCAUGGGGAAGAUGAGGGAGCUUUUUGAAGGGGCAACAACGCUAAAAUACCAGCAGCCUGAUGAGGAUCUUGAUGCUCUAGUAUCGGUUGUGAAUGAUGAUGAUGUCACCAAUAUGAUGGAGGAAUAUGACAAGUUAGGCUCUGGAGAUGGAUUUACUAGAUUGAGGAUUUUUCUGUUUUCAAAUCCUGAUCAAGAUGGUUCGGUGCACUUCGGGGAUGGAGAUGAAAGGGAAAAUGAAAGGAGGUAUGUUGAUGCUUUGAACAACCUUAACGAGUCUCCUGAAUUCAGGAAUCAGCUAGGUGGGUCUCAGGUAAUGGGGUCAUUAGAUGAUGUCAAUGUUGCUGAGCAGUACUUUAAUCAGAUGAGUCUAGAGGGUAGCAUCCAUGGUCAGAGGAAUGCAGAGUUGCCUAUGGCGUAUGCUAAUUUGCGUCAGCUUGCAAUUCCUCAUUUGGGUUCUGGGCAGCCCCAACAACCAGUUUCUCAGAGGUACUCUGACAAUGAGGCUCCAUGGAGUCCUGCUUACUAUUCACCUCGGCAACCUGGAACCCUGGACCAAAAGCCUGCGGCUGAGUAUCCAAUUUCGCCUUCAUCUUCCCGUUAUCGAGCUCCAUAUGGGGAGUUUUCAGACAGAAAUUUUGAUAGAAUGCCUGAGGAAUACAAUCGGCCUCCAAUCAAUCAUCAUAACAUAUAUGAGCAGCCGCUGCAGUAUGCCGAGAAUAUGGUCUUGGUUACAACAGGACCUGUAGGCAGUGAAAAUGUUGGUUUUCCAGGUAAUAUACUUCAUGGCACUGGUUGUGAGCAUUGCCAGAUAACGUUUCCAAGAAAUCAACUUUAUCCAGAUACCCCUUGGAAGCCUGGAGAACAGCCACGUCUUGAGCCAACUAACAUGGGGAAUGGAUAUCAUCCAGUCACUAAUUCUUGUGUUGAGUGCCCCCCUAAUAGGGAAAUGUACACGUUGAAUCCAGAUCCAAACGUGCACCAUCCAUACUUCUAUAACGAGAGUCGUGGUCAUGAAAGAGGAUGGGUUUUACAACAUCAGUUAAAUCCUCGGCCUGACGAACCUGGACCCCAUGUUUCUACUGCUGGAAGACUGGCAGUGGCUGAUAACUAUAUAAUGGAAAAUGCUACAAAUACUCCUCUUGGGCAAGGCAGUUUAUGCGAUGUCCACCCUGUGCAAUCUCACUAUGUCCAUCAUGAAGACAUACGGUAUGCCCGACCUGUUGCAGACGUUGGUAAUCAAGUGUUCAACGACCAAGCUGUGGCCACUGGAUCACAGGUUCAUGUUCCGUCUCUGGAUGAGCAUGGAGUUCAUUGCAGCAAUCUUCCCUGUACAUAUGGAGCUGAUAAUGUGUACCAGGUUCCUCGUGGCCAUGUGCCUUUGCAUGCUUUAUGGAGAAAUGGUCAUGCCCCAUUGCUAGGAGGUCCCUCUUAUGAAACACCUGUUUUAGCUCAGCUAGCAAAUGGCUCUGUGAGCACUGGAUUUAUUAGGGGUACAGUGGAUGGUAGUCCCAGGUUGCGAACUGAGUUGGAGAAUCAAAAUCCUUGGGUAGAGUCGCCACAAAAACUUGUGGGCUUUGAUGAGUCUCGUGGCCAAGCUCCAACAUUGGUGCCCACUGUCGAGGGCCCAUAUACUAUGCAGUCCAACCCAUCAGUCCCAGACAUGACUAAAUUUGCUGGUCCCGUAACGCACCUUGCAAAAUCCGAUCCUGCUUUCAUUUUUGAUGACAAGUUGGUCACUGCAGCUUCCAUGUCAUACCUGAGAAAUGAUGCUGAUAUUGCUGAACCGGGCAAGUUGGAUGAGGACAGUAUCUAUAGAAGGAGCAAAGAACUGAAUCUUGGAGGGGAGGCUGGAGAUACUAACAUGCAUGUAGUCAAUGACAAAAAUCCUGAUGCAAUGGAACCUGCCAAGUCUAUGAAUUCUGUAGUGGAAAGCAAUGACGGGACGGAAGUGGAAGAAACCAAUGCUAGCCUUGCUGCUGAGCUGCAGGAAGACUGUUUGAGCUUGUUACCUGAGUUUGUUGCCUCUGUAAAAGAAGUGGCUUUGGCAAGUCUGAAGGUGGAAGCUAAAGUUCGAGAAGAUACUGAUUUUGGGAUUGAGCAUAAUGUAGUUGCAGGAGACGAUGCACAGCAUGACGCGGAUGGAUUGGGUGGCAAUGGGGACUUCGAGAUGGGUUCUGAUAAUGACAAUCUCAGCAAUUCCAAGAUCGAGCCCACUACUGCUGAGGCUGAAGCAAUUGAUAGAGGAUUGCAGACAAUUAAAAAUGAAGAUCUGGAGGAGAUCCGAGAGUUAGGCUCUGGAACCUAUGGUGCUGUUUACCAUGGCAAGUGGAAGGGGUCAGAUGUAGCAAUCAAAAGAAUCAAAUCCAGCUGCUUUGCCGGAAAGCCAUCUGAAAGGGAGCGCUUGAUUGCAGAUUUCUGGAAGGAGGCUCUGAUAUUAAGUUCAUUGCACCAUCCAAAUGUUGUUGCUUUCUAUGGUGUAGUUCGUGAUGGCCCUGAUGGAUCUCUAGCAACAGUGACAGAGUUCAUGGUCAAUGGAUCCUUAAAACAAUUUCUGCAGAAAAAGGACAGGACUAUUGAUCGGCGCAAGAGACUAAUGAUAGCUAUGGAUACUGCAUUUGGGAUGGAAUACUUGCAUGGAAAAAAUAUUGUUCAUUUUGAUUUAAAAUGUGAAAAUCUGUUGGUGAAUAUGAGAGAUCCGCAUCGCCCAGUGUGCAAGAUUGGUGAUCUUGGCUUGUCAAAGGUGAAGCAACAUACGUUAGUAUCUGGAGGUGUUCGUGGGACAUUGCCUUGGAUGGCACCUGAACUCCUGAGUGGAAAAAGUAGCAUGGUCACUGAAAAGAUCGAUGUUUAUUCAUUUGGGAUUGUCAUGUGGGAAUUGCUUACCGGAGAUGAACCGUAUGCAGAUAUGCAUUGUGCUUCUAUAAUUGGAGGAAUAGUGAACAACACACUGCGCCCACAAAUUCCAACAUGGUGUGACCCGGAAUGGAAAUCGUUGAUGGAAAGUUGUUGGGCCUGUGAUCCAGCCGAGAGGCCCUCAUUCUCCGAAAUUUCUCAGAGGUUGAGAAACAUGGCCGCAGGAAUGAAUCUGAAAUGACGUGUUCAUUGAAAAUUUAUUCUAACUUUACUCGGAAGGGACGUGGAUGUUUUUCAUGAUUCCCGGUCUCUUGAAUUUGAUGGGAUAAUAUUGCACUAUGCUGUUAAGCUUCACAUUAUAUAGUCGGGCAUAUAUCUACCAUAUACUCUGGCGCUAUCUUAUACUAAAUACUCUGCAAUUUUAAUAACAAUUACACCUUGUGCUCUACCUUCAGUAAUUUUGAGAUGUAGAAGGUAUAAUACCAUAGUGUGGAUGAAAAUCAAAAUUUUUUUCUUUUUCUGUGGUGUUCACUUUGUGAAGCUUGGGGCAUCUAUAUUCUGUUUUUGUAUUUGCUUUUGAGUGAAACAAAAAAAAAGAAAUUGAGGGCAUAUUCCUUUCUGUCUUCUGACCAAUGUGAUACUUGGAUAUUGACUAGACUUGGAAUGCAUUAACUAAGCACGACUCUUGUGCAUCUCCUUUAAA